ACUUGGGUUGUCAGAAAACCUAUAAUCUCCGAGGGGAGGAACUGUAAUCUAGGUCUAGUUCCAUUAAACAGAAGUUAAAACUGAGGCUCAGAGACGCUGAGUGAUUCGCCAAAGGUCACACAGCGCCACAGUGGCAGAACUGGGAUUUAAACUAUGUUUUGGCCUAUAACAGCUUUUCGAUAUAUUGCCUUUUUUUUCUUCAACCACAGCGACUCAGACAGCCUCCAUUAUAGCUGAUAUCAAAUCAAAAUUGUAAUUAUCUUCAUCAGCUGUGCAGUUCCCGCUGAGGAAGAAUGGGACCUAGUACUGCCGAGAAGCCAAGUAUUCCUGGAAUGAGCCUUUGGAGAGUGCCCUGGAUCCUGAGAGCACCCACUGCGAAUCCUGGGAGGGGAUGAGUCACUGGAAUGGCUUUGUCUUUGGCCCCUACAACUGGCCGUGCUGGUUCCGGCUUAACCACAGAGCGCUGUUUCUACCCUCUGAACCACCAUCUUCGGAGCUGCUUGAUUUCUCCUGGUGGAGCCCCGGAUGUCCCAUGAGCCGAUGCACUGGUGCCUGAACCUCAAACGCUCCUCGGCCUGCACCAACGUGUCCCUGCUCAACCUGGCGGCCAUGGAGCCCGCUGACUCCUCGAGGACAGACUUGACCACAGAAGACAGUGGCAGCCCCCCUGCGCUGCCUGCGCCCCCCGCCUCCCCGCCGCCACCCUGGGCCCCAGAUGACCCAGACAUCACGGAAAUCCUGAGCGGGGUCAACAGCGGCUUGGUUCGUGCCAAAGACUCCAUCACCAGCUUGAAGGAAAAGACCACGCGGGUUAACCAGCACGUGCAGACACUGCAGAGCGAGUGCUCAGUGCUGAGCGAGAAUCUAGAGAGACGGCGGCAGGAGGCGGAGGAACUGGAGGGUUACUGCAGUCAGCUCAAGGAGAACUGCCGGAAGGUGACCCGGUCAGUGGAAGAUACUGAAAUCAAAACCAACGUCCUGAAGCAGAAUUCUGCCCUGCUGGAGGAGAAGCUGCGCUACCUCCAGCAGCAACUGCAGGAUGAGACGCCGCGCAGGCAGGAGGCCGAGCUGCAGAAGUUGGAGCAGAAGCUGGAGGCCGGCCUCUCCCGGCACGGCCUGGGCCCCGCCGCUCUGCCCCAGGGCUGCUCAGGGCCUCCCGGGAGCCCCGACGAGCCCCCGCGACCCCGCGGCCUGGCCCCCGGCGGCUGGGGAAUGGGGCCCCGGGCAGGGGAGUGCCCCAUGGUGAGCGAGCAGGAGUUGCAGAAGGUCUCCACCGGCCUCGAGGAGCUGAGGAGGGAGGUGUCCUCGCUGACCGCCCGGUGGCACCAGGAGGAGGGGGCGGUGCAGGAGGCCCUGCGGCUGCUCGGGGGCCUGGGCGGGAGGCUGGACGGCUUCCUGGGCCAGUGGGAGCGGGCGCAGCGCGAGCAGGCGCAGACGGCCCGGGGGCUGCAGGAGCUGCGGGGCCGGGUGGACGAGCUGUGCACCAUGGUGGAGCGGUCAGCAGUGUCUGUGGCUUCUCUGAGGAACGAACUGGAGGGGCUGGGCCCGGUGAAACCGAUUCUGGAGGAGCUGGGGCGGCAAUUCCAGGGCUCUCGAAGAGGGUCUGACCUGUCCAUGCACCUGGAUCGGUCCCCCCAAGGCUCCUGUGCCCGCUGUGCCAGCCAGGGGCAGCAGCUGUCCACGGAGUCCCUGCAGCAGCUGCUGGAGCGAGCUCUGAUCCCAUUAGUGGACGAGGUGAAGCAGAGGGGCCUGGCCCCCGCCUGCCCCAGCUGCCAGAGGCUACACAAGAAGAUUCUGCCCAGUCCUGCAAGCCCAGCCGCGUCUACACUCCUCUCCCCAGGAGCUGGAGCGCCAGGCCUUGGCCAAACACGUCAGGGCAGAGGCCCUGAGCUCCACACUUCGGCUGGCCCAAGACGAAGCCCUGCGGGCCAAGAACCUGCUGCUGACGGACAAGAUGAAGCCGGAGUGAGGAAGGAGGCUGAGGGCAUGGGAGGAGGGGAGAAGGUGGCCGCUCUGGACUAUCUCCACUUGAAGAUGUGCUCCCUCCAUGAUCAACUCAGCAACCUGCCACUUGAGGGGUCCAUGGGGACAAUGGGGGGAGGAAGCAGCGGGGGAACCCCUCCAAAACGUGGGGGCCCGGCCCCCGAACAAUAAAU